GCCACACGCGUCUCUGUCUCUUUGCUCUGGCUCUUCAUCCCGUGCUGUCUUUCUCUGCCUCCCUGUCACUGUUACUGCGAGACAGAGGUUCACUUUUCACCAACCUUUCUCCAAGCAUCUCCAAGCCACUGACUAGAUAUAUUUUGCUACAAGAGACCUAGAAGAGGAAAACAGGCACGAGACUUUUCAACACCUCGUUUAAAAAACAAAAACAACGAGUUCCCCGAAAUGUUUGAGAACAAUUAAAAGGAAAAGGCGUUUUUGAUCUAUCAACUAAGUGAACAUCCACAUCGUCCACCUCCUGAGAUACUCUCGUCCCUCGCUGUGGACACCGGCGAGAUGACAGCUGCUUUUUCAUUUUUGAAUGUAAUAAAUAUUUGCUGCUUUUAAUAUAUUUCGGAAUUUCUCCCCGCCAUUCCCUGGAAUUUUAACUAAAAGAUUGGAGAAAAGAUUAUCAGAAAGGCUUUUACAAGCCUCCAAAAUGAUGCUGAGUCCGGACCAAGCCGCCGACUCGGACCACCCCAGCUCGGCGCACUCGGACCCGGAGUCGCUGGGCGGCGCGGACGCCAAGGUGCUGGGCAGCGUGUCGGACCUGGAGCCGGUAGAGGAGGCCGAGGGCGACGGCAAAGGCGGCAGCCGGGCCGCGCUCUACCCACACCCGCAGCAGCUGAGCCGCGAGGAGAAGCGCCGCCGCCGGCGCGCCACGGCCAAGUACCGCUCGGCCCACGCCACCCGCGAGCGCAUCCGCGUGGAGGCCUUCAACCUGGCCUUCGCCGAGCUCCGCAAACUGCUGCCCACGCUGCCGCCCGACAAGAAGCUCUCCAAGAUCGAGAUCCUGCGCCUGGCCAUCUGCUACAUCUCCUAUCUCAACCACGUCCUGGACGUGUAGGCCCCGGAGCGCCGCGGGAGGCCGCCGGUCGGGGAGUCGCCGGCAGACGACCGACCCCGGCGGUGGCCGCAGGGGAGGGAGGUGGGGGCGGCCCAGCAGGGAGGCUGCCGAGAGAGACUCGGACCGAGGGAAGCUCGCGAUGUAUUCUCUCUGGUCAGCAGGGCGACGAGGGAAGGCUCCUGACCCUGGAAGUGGGGUGUCUGGCGAGCCCCGGGGCUGGCAGGGGGUGUGCGCUCGGCCCGGAGAACCUUGAGUUGGCCCAGGGACAGCAGCCUCCAGGCUGACCCACCUCCUGGUGUUAGCAGCCUCUAAGGGUUGUUGCUUUAGCUCACUGGAGACUCUGAGUUCUCCAUCUAGCUCCCACAGACCUUGGGGUUUCGAAAGAAUGAGGGCAGAGCUCUGAGAAGAGGCUCCUAACUUUCGACUGUCUGGGAUUCUGUUCUAAUGGACAAAUCACCAAACAUUCGGAGAGAGGGAGGGACCCUCCUUCAGUGCAGAGAUUUAAGGCACAGGAGGAUGGAGCAGGAAACUUUCAGUCCUGUUGUGAUAAGAAAGAUUAUAUUAGCAUCCAAAUGUAAGAGACAAGGCCUGCAUGUUUGGAGAAAUUCAAAGAUACAUCUUGGACAAAUAGACACAUUGUGGGAGGAUUUGAGCUUGGUGAGGUUUUAACCCCAGGGUGUGAGACUAAUGUAGACAGGAAAAUCCAUAUUUAAAUGGAGAACUUAAUAUCUGAUUGCUUUUUCAGGCAAAGUGCCCCUUUAUAUAUCCAAAAACAUCUAUUUGUGACCUUAGACAUGUGGCCCCAUCGGCUCAGUUAGAAAAAGACAACCUAUUUUUAUUUAUGUUAGAAGAAGUAGAGUAUUUUUUUCCAAGACAUUUAUUUUUCAGAGUGGUGAUAAUUUUACUUUGGAUACUCUGUGCCAAUUUAUUUAUAGUCAAGUGUUUACACUUUUUCCUGUGGAAUAAUUCCGUCUAACUUUUAUGUGUUUGUUGAGAUUAUAUUGUGGUCUUUCUUUCGGCUCUAAUUAUAUUGCACUUGUAUAACAGAUUUCCCACUUCUCCGUUUCUAAGCAUAUUUUAUAUAUGAAGAUGUUUGUUCUCGAAAGGUUCUUUUGUUGUGAGAUCAGCAACACUAGCACUUCACCAUUAUAGUUUUUUUUUUUUAAAAAAAGGUAAGUGUUGUUCUUCUUAUCUGUAGUUAUGUCUGGAAAGUACAACUGUUUAUAAGGAGAAUAGCUUCUUUGUGUGUGUGAUGUUUGUGUGUGAGAUAAUUUUAGGAAAUUAAGUUAUUUUCCUAAAAGAAGAAUUCAGAACUUCUUUCCUCUGUGACAACCAAAAAGAAAAGUCUAUAACCUGAAAAUGUUUCAUGUUCUCAGCUGUGAAACUCUUAAAACAAGGAGUGUAUUUUAGAGACAAGGGAAAAAAAAAAACACAUCUGCUAUCCAAAGAUUUUAGUCUUUUUCAGGGUUUUUUUGUGUCUCUGUUGCUUUAUAUAAUGCAAUAUUUUGUAGUGAAAAUAGAUAUAAUCUGGUUUCUAUCUGACGAGUUUUUCAUAUCUCAUGAA